UCUUCGUUGUGAAUCACUUGUGGGUGCUUGCUUUGAUGAGCGAACUGAUUCAAUUCUUAUCCGUGGUGAAGAAGUGGCACCUACGCCGCCUAAUUUACAAGGAAUGCAUUUAGAAAAACCUCAAGAUCGAGCAGAUAACUUACCAGCCGCACAUCUGGAGGAGGCCCGAAAUGAACCUUCCCAUUCACCUGACACAUACAUGGUAAAAACUAUAUUUCCUGAUGCUGAUUUGCCGACUAUACAUGUGGAAGGAUCUCCAAUUCGUGUUUCUAAUUUACCAGCCAUACACGCAAGAGAACCUCAAAUUCGCAAUUUGCCGGACAUCCAUGUGCAAGAGCCCUCAAUUCACCCGGUUAAUUCUCCAACCGUACCUAGAGGAAAUCCCGUUCCUAACGUACCAAGUCGAUAUUUAAUUUACAAUGAUUCAAAGACCUACGAUUAUUAUUCAGACGAUUUUAUUCCAUUCCUCUCAUUAUAUUAUGACUCUCUGCCUGGAAAACCCUGGCAAAAUUUAGAAUCUGUUACAAUGACUGAUCAAAUUAAUCCAUCCGACAAGUCGGAUCACUUAGAAACAAAUAAUUCAAAAUUCCAUAAAAGCGAACCAACUGAAAUCAGCAUGAAUGGGCUAAGAGUUCCUAUCACAAAAUCGGAUACAUUAGUAGAUUCGUUGAUCAUUGAGCAAAACGAUUAUGCACAUACUUUUAAGUCUCAUCGAGAACCGAUGGCAAGAAAACUAUUGCCUCUGGCAGUUGAAGCAAACUUUCAAGAAAUCGACAGACAUAAUACGAAGCAGUCGUUCUUGACUAACAGUAUUCUAUUAGGUGCCAAUUCGAAAAUAAACGAUACUGCUCGAACAGAUGUUGAAAAAGCGGAUGAGAAGAACAUACAUGAAAGAUUUUCGAGUAAAUUUAACAAUUUUCCAAUCCCAAAUUUUAAAUCUAAUCAAGACAUAGCCGUAAACGCUCAGAAUUUUGUCCCUGAUAUUAGUAAAUUAUUCAAUUCUGAAACCACUGAAAACUAUCCUGCAACGAAUGAAAAGUAUAUUGUCUACUUAGGACGAGAUUAUGCGACAGAUGCUAGCCAAAAUAUCCCGCAUGUGACCUUUAACAACGAUUACAGAUAUUCGCCCUCUUUUAAUGAUCUCAAUCAUUCACAUCAUUCAAUUGGAGAACUAUUUUUUGAAAAUAUCUUUAACAAUGUAUCGAACACAAUUUUUCCUGACGAAAAAGAAGAAAACACAUCAGAGGAGGAAGAAAAAUUUUCUUUUUAUGCUACUCCAAGUUCUUCCUUCAAGAGCAUGGAUUAUAAAUCAGAGAGUCUGAAUACUGCUGAACCAGAGAAUCAGACUUCAAAUGAAAGUCAUUCAGAACAAGAUCACAUAGUGAGGAACGACAUAGAGAAUAUUCACGGCACAUUGAAAAGUGUUUUCCAAAGGGCUGCUUCCGAAAUUUCGGACGAAAAUCGCUAUAGCUCGGACGGAAUUUUUUCUCACGACCAUUUGGAUGAAGGCAAUGAAAACCGGGACUCGUCGAUAACAGACGAUCCAACAAAUAAUUCACCUGAUACCGGAGUUACCAAGUAUGUCAACUAUGAAAAUAAGAUAAAAACUCCAAUCUUAUUCUUGGCUGAGGAUAAAUAUCUUGAUGGGUCGUACAACUUCGAAUAUCGUUCAGCUGAUGGAACAUCGCGUCAGGAAGUCGGAACCGUUCUUGGAGAGGGUGGAAUCCGGCAGCAUGGACGUUUCGCGUUUAGGAACGGCAAUGGCUACGAGACAAGAGUGGUCUACACAGCCGACGAAAAAGGAUAUAUUCCAAUUAUAUCUUACAGUAAUUCAUCUUAGAUUUAAUAUGCAGUUUAAAAACAACUGUCGUUCGUCGAUAAUCUCACUUAAUGCACAUCAACCCCCUACACCUUUACAACGAAUGCCGAACUUUAUUAACACUUCAGUUAUCCAGAAGUUUGUAAUUUCUUGUGAAUGUGCACAAGAUGUUUAUGUUUAUAGGAAAAAAACAAUGUUGACUAAUCGCAAUUUUAAUUAAUAAUUAUGAUGCAGCUCAAAAUUCAUUAGAUUAGAUUAAAGUAAUAUGAGAAGUUAAAAACAGAAAAAUUAUACAAUGGAUAAAUAAAUUAAUUAAUUGCAAAGCUGCAAUACCGCAGGGCAACAGCGUAAAAUUCUACGUUUUAAUCUCGCAGUCUACCAUGAGUACAGCUCAGCUCCACCUACAUAUUUCAUUGCACAGACUGCUAAAAGUAGUUCCAUUUUCUCGCACGUACUAUCAUAAGAAGUUAUAAAUAUACAGAAUGGAUUUGCUACAUCUAUCGGGAAAUUAACACUUUACGAGUCAUCCACUCAAGCAUAAUAGAUGAAUAAUAUUCAAUUAAUAUUCAAUUUCAGUAGAUAGAAUUUUCACCUCAUUUUAACCCUCUUAAAAUUUUAGUCUCAGAUUUUGGAUUAGUGAGAGUUGAAAUAAAUUCUGUAACAUAACUUUGUGCAUCUGAAAUAGUGAUGUGGUGUUGCAUAUCUACUAUGUAAUAUUAGAUCCACAUUUUAUUCAUCAAGUUCAUGGCGAUGAGAAAUAUGUUGACAAAAUAUGGUAUGGACAGAUACUUCAGGAAUAUUAGAAGUAUAAUAUUAGAAUAUUUAUGUAUAAUAAACAAUUGAGCAAUAUAGCAAUUGUUUAGACAUAGCGUAUGUUAAUAUUAAAUGACAGAUUAAGCUUAUCUAAGCACGGUUGGUUAUUGGUCAGAGAAUUGAUAAAUUUUAAUUUUUAGUGUCGAAGAAUAUUCUUUACAUAACGUUGGUUAAUCAAAUGCAGGUGUAAGGAAGUAACUUUAAUUUAUUAACGACGUUUGAAUGUAACAACUUUCAUUUUCAAGUUAUAGGAAACAUUGAAUAUAGAAAUUUUGGUGCAAAUAAGUACAUAAAACAACAAUCUAAUACAACAGGAAAAUUUUUAACCUUGAAAAUAAUUGCGAAACAAUCUCAAAACUUAGAAAAUCAUUGAAUGCUCUGGCUAUUAACCACCCGUGUUUAAAUAUAGCAUAUACAGCAAAUGCAAAAAAUUAAAAUUCAAAUUUUACAUGUCUUCUUUAACAUUUUUACUCGAUCUCCAGAUUUACGUACCAAAUCUUUUUCCUGGAAAUUAUCGAAAAAUAAAUUUCCCAAACGAAAUGCCUGAUGCAAAAGGGCA